AUGAAGUUCUCCAUCUUUUCCACCCUCGCCAUCGUCGGCGCCACCAUGGUGUCCGCUGUCCCUCACGAGAAGCGCGUUGACCAAUCUGCUCUGAAGCAGCAGGUCGAGAGCGCUGCUAAGUCUUCUCCUGCCUCGAGCAUCACCCAGACCGAGGUCACCGAAGUCGACUGCAUCAAGCCUCUGCUCUGCUGCGACGGCCUCACCACCCCUCUUGACGGCAUCGUCGACGGUGUCCUGGCUGCUCUGGACAUCAACGGCGCUGCCAUCGUUGGCUCCAUCGGUCUCCUCUGCCACGCCUAUGACGACAGUUGCCCCUCCGCACCCCAGUGCUGCACUGAGGCCAACAUUCUGGGCGGUACCCUUGCUCUUGGCUGCCAGGCUCUCAAGCAGUAG